UUGCCCUUUCCAGUUUCAAAGGCGCGAGACUCAGAGCGGUUUGCGCCACUUUUUCGACUCCUCAUGAACUACGAGCAGAGGCUAAUAGCGGCGGCGAAGCACGUAUUCGACGCCGACGCACGAGCCGCGCCUCCGGCGGUUAAUCCCGCCGACUUCGGGGUGACGGCCACUCUCAAACCUCACCAAGUCGAAGGCCUUUCGUGGCUCAUUCAGAGAUAUCGUAUCGGAGUCAACGUCAUUCUCGGGGAUGAGAUGGGACUAGGGAAAACAUUGCAAGCUAUUUCUUUGCUGAGCUAUUUGAAAGUUUGCCAUAUGUCACCUGGGCCAUUUUUGGUAUUAUGUCCCCUCAGCGUGACUGAUGGUUGGGUAUCAGAGGUGGCUAAAUUUUCUCCAAAACUAAGAGUACUUCGUUAUGUCGGAGACAAAAAUCAUCGAUGCAAUCUACGCAGGGAAAUGUAUGAGCAUGUGAUAGAGCAGUCCUCACCAUCUUAUGUACUGCCAUUACCUUUUGAUGUGCUUUUGACUACGUACGACAUAGCAUUGAUGGAUCAGGAUUUUCUUUCUCAAAUUCCAUGGCAUUAUGCAAUCAUCGAUGAAGCACAAAGACUUAAGAACCCUUCCAGUGUGUUGUAUAAUGUCCUUAGAGAUCGUUUCAUCAUGCCAAGACGGUUAUUGAUGACUGGAACUCCUGUUCAGAAUAACCUGGCUGAACUUUGGGCUUUGAUGCAUUUUUGUAUGCCUUCAAUCUUUGGGACACUGGAGCAGUUCCUUUCUACGUUUAAGAAAGCCGGGGAUACUUUGCCAGGUUGUGAUGCGGCAGAAGUUAAGGAACGAUUUAAAAUCUUGAAAUAUAUUUUGGGAGCUUUUAUGCUUCGAAGAACAAAAGCCAAGCUUAUUGACUCCGGUGCUCUUGUGCUUCCUCGACUCACGGAGAUCACAGUAAUGUCACCCUUGGUGGCCCUGCAAAAGAAGGUGUACAUGUCAAUAUUGAGGAAAGAGCUUCCCAGACUACUUGCAUUCUCUUCUGGAGCUUCUAAUCAACAAUCCUUGCAGAAUAUAGUAAUGCAGUUACGAAAAGCAUGUAGCCAUCCUUACCUCUUUCCUGGUAUUGAACCCGAGCCUUACGAAGAGGGUGAACACCUGGUUCUGGGUAGUGGUAAACUCAUAAUCUUGGAUCAGCUACUUCAAAAACUACAUGAUACUGGACAUCGUGUGCUGCUGUUUGCUCAAAUGACCCAUACACUUGACAUAUUACAGGAUUUCUUGGAGUUAAGGAACUAUUCUUAUGAGCGUUUGGAUGGAUCAAUUCGGGCAGAGGAACGCUUUGCAGCAAUAAGGAGUUUCAGCCAGCAAUCUGUCAAAGGGAGUUUGAAGGCCGAGGCUGAUCAGAGUGGUGCAUUUGUCUUUAUGAUUUCUACAAGAGCUGGGGGAGUUGGCUUGAAUCUUGUGGCUGCUGAUACAGUCAUAUUUUAUGAGCAAGACUGGAAUCCCCAGGUGGAUAAGCAGGCACUUCAGCGGGCACACCGCAUUGGUCAGAUGAAUCAUGUCCUGUCUGUUAACUUAGUCACCGAGCAUUCAGUCGAGGAGGUUAUCAUGCGGAGAGCAGAGAAAAAGCUGCAGCUAAGCCAUAAUGUUGUAGGAGACAAUCUUAUGGACCUGGAAGGAAAAGAAGCAGCAGGAGCUGAAGCUGGUGACUUGCGAUCUGUUAUAUUUGGCUUGCAAAUGUUAGAUCCCACGGAUGUAAGUUGUGAACAACCAGAUCAACUGAUUGCGUCUGAAUUGAAUGCUAUGGCUGAAAAGGUAAUUGCAUUGCGGCACAAGCAAAAAUCAGACAAGGAGGAUGUGAAGUUUGAACUUAGUCCAAUGGAUCUAUCAAAUGGACGUGACCUUGUGAUAAAGGAUCCUGCUUCUGUUGCGUAUCCCGGUUUUGAUGAAGUGUCUUAUCUCUCUUGGGUUGAAAAGUUCAAAGAAACAUCACUGUCAAAGGAUAGUCCUAUCUUGGAGUUGGAAAAUAGGAGAAACUUAAUUGAGGAAAGGCAUCAAAGAGCUGAGGCUGCAAGGAGGAAGGCAGAGGAGAAGAAGUUGUCCAAUUGGGAAGCUCUGGGUUACCGUUCACUAUCAGUUCAGGAUCCUCUUCGCCCUCCCAAUGGUGAUAUGAUGUCUGAUUCAGGUUCUGUUCAUCUUGUUUACGGAGACUGUACACAUCCAUCAACAAAUUGUCCAUCAGAUCCGGCAAUCAUAUUCAGCUGUGUUGAUGACUCUGGGAACUGGGGCCAUGGAGGUAUGUUUGAUGCCCUUGCAAAACUUUCAGCAAAUGUCCCAAGUGCAUAUCAUCUAGCUUCUGAAUUUAAGGAUCUGCAUCUUGGUGAUCUUCAUCUUAUAGAAAUCACAGAGGACGGUGAUGAACAGACCAAGUCUGUUAAUGCUCCUCAAUGGGUGGGAUUGGCUGUUGUACAAUCCUACAAUCCUAAGCGUAAAGUGCCUCGCAGCAAUAUCUCUAUUCCUGACUUGGAGUGUUGCCUAUCUAAAGCAUCAUUCUCAGCUGCCCAAAAUUCUGCUUCAAUCCAUAUGCCAAGAAUUGGGUACCAGGGUGGAUCAGAUCGGUCAGAGUGGUAUACUGUUGAGCGUCUUCUGCGAAAGUAUGCCGCCUUAUAUGGCAUAAAGAUCUUUGUGUACUACUAUCGACGUUCAUCUUGAGAAUGGAGAGAGAACUGUGUAUUAAGCAAUUGACAGUAAGCUUUUGCUAAUUCAAGAUGGUGGUUGGACUUGAACUUGUGUUUCGUCUUUUCAGUUGUGUUUUGAAGUCAUCUUUUCCUCUAUAGGUUACUGUAGUAAACUUUAGGAAUCGAGUUCCUCUAGAUUGGGGGAGGCAUGCCAAUGUGGCCAAAUGGAUGACAGUAGUCUUUUAAGAACUGACUUCUCAUCUUGGUCCUUUUGAUGCAAUGACACAUCGUGCUUUCUGUUGGAGAAAGUGGACUGAUUAGUAUUAGUGGGUCACAUUAACAAAAUACUGGCUUGAGAAAUUGAGAAAAUCGUCACGACAACUUAAGGCUUGAAAGUGAGGACUAAAAUAGUACUUCAGGCUCAGGGGUAGAAGGAAAGUACAACUUAUCCAUACCAACUGCCGAACUCAACAAAAUGAUUGUCACUGAUAAACCGUAGGAUUUGCACAUGCUCAAAGAAAAAGAGGUGGCUUAACAAAAAAAAUUCAUUGUGCUUUCUCUCUGAAGUUCCUUAUUCAUACUAGUAUUUCUUAGUGGUUAUUACCUUUUCUUUUCCCCAACAUAGCCAUGGAAAGGCUGAUCAGAAUUUUUAGAACCUUGGUUUCUUUUGGGAGGUCAAACAACCGUUUUGAUGAACCAAACAGUGCCUUGUCAAGCUCCGAUGAAACCUUAUGGUAAACUGCAACAAAGCAGCCAUACUCUUCAAGGGCAUGUUCACAUCAUGGGAUGCUGCAAUCCAACAACUUGUUCCUGGUUUCAUGUUUUCGUUUGUGAAGUCAAAUAUGGGGAGUUUUUUUUUUUUUGGCGAGGGUCAAUUAUAGGGUGCUUGGAUGAAUGUAUUUAUAUUUAUAGUAAUAAGUUGUGUGUCUUGGAUUCAACAACUAAGGAGCAAAUAGUUUGCCCUGGCAGCUAUAUCUGUUCGCCUUAUUAUUUCUUGUUAGUUAUCUGUUGACCCGAUUAAUAUUGCAAGUUCUUCUA